AUGUUAAAGGUAGUUGUAAUGGACUAUAAGGAUAUAAUUAUACUUAAUUUCUAAUUUAUAAAUAAGCACUUUUAUUAUGUGUGUGUUAAAGCAGUCAACCUCUUAAGCUAGGGUGAAGAAAAAAAGAUAAUUGACUUGAGCAGAUUAAUUGUAAAAAUAAAUUGA